AUGGUGCUAGUUUUGAGGUAUGUGGAUAGUGAUGGGUAUGUUCAAGAACGUUUUUUCGAUAUUCAACGUGUGAAAAACACUUGUGAUGUAACUCUCAAAAAAGGUAUAAUUUAUAUUCUUAAUCGUUAUAAUCUUGCCAUUGAAAACAUGCUACAGUUAGCUCUUGUUCACACAGCUGAAAAAAACGGUAGACUUUGGGACUUCUUUUCAAUGUUAAAUAAUAUUGUUAAUUUUGUCACUGCUUCUUCACUGCGUUUAGGAUCUUUCCAAGAUGCUCAAGAAGAUGAUAUUAACCAAAGGUUGGCUAAUGGUGAUCUUGAGACAGGUAGAGGGGCUAAUCAAAUAGGUACAGAUCGUUCUUGCCAGCAGCGUGAUAACAUUAUUGUAGAUCAUCAUUAUCACCAUGAUAUUUUUAAUGCUGCAAUUGAUCUUCAGAUCGCGGAAUUAGUUGGAAGGUUUCCUGAGGAUACAAUGGAGUUACUUUUUCUUUGUUCAUGUUUGGAUCCUCGAGAAUCUUUCAAAGCAUUCCAUGUAGAAAAUCUUUGUACUCUAGCUGAAAAGUUUUAUCCUCUCGAUUUCAGUCGACAAGAGGUACAUACUUUGAGAAAUGAAUUAUACCACUAUGGGCAAGAUGUAGUCAAGCAUGCUGGUUUUAAGAACUUAUCAAUUAUUGCUGAAUUAUGUAGACGUCUAGUGGAAACAAGAAAGGCAGAUGUUUAUCCUUUAGUUGACAGGAUGAUUCGUCUUAUAUUAACUCUCCUGUUUCUACAGCAAGUGCGGAAUGGUAUUUUUCAACAAUGUCAAAUGUUAAAUCAGCUCUCUGCAACAAAAUGGAUGCAAACUUUCUUAGAGAUUGCAUGA